UGGCCCGGAGAGGGUUCCAGCGCCAGCGAAGCUUCGAGCUAGAGGAACAAAACCACAUGGCACCGACUUUCUACCACUAUCUUCCGGUGCCCAUGGAGAAGACGUGGGGGGAGCAGGGACCGGGCAUCAGCCGGCGGUGUCUGGUGGCCGCGGUCCUGAUGUUACUGAUCGUUGUGGGCUUGGUCAUCUCGCUCAUCCACUUCGCCGUCAGGGCAAACAGCGAGGCCUGCAGGGACGGGCUGCGGGUUUGGGAUGAGUGCCGUAACACCACGCACCUUCUGCAGCGCCAGCUCACCCGUGCCCAGGAGAACCUGCGGCAGGCAGAGACGCAGGCAAACCGGACCGUGGUGACCCUUCAGGAUUCCCUGAAGAAGAAGGAGUCCCAGGUCCUGGAGCAGCAGGCCCAAAUCCAGGAGCAGCAGGCCCAAAUCCAGGAGCAGCAGGCCCAAAUCCAGGAGCAGCAGGCCCACAUUCAGGAGCUUGAGAGCAUGAUCAUGAAGCUGAACCAGGAGCUGGCGACACUGAGGUUAGAAACAGCUCCCUUGCCCUCCCCAUCUCCUCCCCUGCCACUCUCUACUUCCUUCCUCAAGACCCGGACCCACUUGGCUCACACAAUCCACAGCUCAGCUUUGAAGAAGGCUAGUGAGGAGAGCUUGUGACACAUUAGCUCAAGGCCCUGAGUUCAAAUCCCCAGCGCCCGCUUAGAAACUGGCUGUAGUAUGUCCGUAACUCUGGUACUGGGGAGCGGGCUCACUGGCCAGCCCAGGUAGUAAGUAAGCUUCGUGUCCAGGGAGAGACCCUGUCUCAAAAAUUAAGGAAGAGGUAUGUAGACAAAAUUGUAGCCUUCCCUGUUGCACAGUAAAGUCCCGAAGUUCACUGUCAAAGUAGUAAUGCCAAUAACAAUACAAUUCAUAAAAAUAAGAUGGAGCCAGGCACAUGGCACAUGCCUUUAAUCCCGUACUCCAGAGGCAGAAGCUGGUGGAGCUCCGCGAGUUCUAGGCCAGCCAGGACUACAUAGAGAAACCCUGUCUGGGAAAACAAAACAAAAAGCUUCAGAAGAAAAACAUAUCCCAAGAGCCACAGCCGUAGGUGACCAAUCCCAGCCCGCUCCCUCAGCGAUGUGGUGCGUGGGGUUGCCUAGAAACCUGAGAUCUAGGAGAGGAGGAAAGAGGAGCCUGAGUCCUGCUCAACCUGAGCAACUGCGGGAUCUCCCGGACAGAAAUCUCAGUGCUGAGGCAUUGGCUGCCCUUGAAGAGGACCUGCCGGCAUCCAGGGCAUUGGGUAGCUCACAACUGUUCAUAACUCCAGCUCCAUGAGCUCUGUGCCUCUGGACUCUGAGGACACUACAUUCACACACACACACACACACACAAGCACGCACACAUACACAACCUCAGUUUGAAUAUAUGCCUCUGACUCCACCCGCACCACUGUUAAUGAGUACUCGUGCAUACACAUCAUAAUGCACAUGUACACACACUAAGUAAACUAUAAUACAAUUUAAAAGGAAUAAAAAUAAAAUCUAAGGAAAGAAAAUGUGAAUUUGAAAUACUAAGAACAGGGCUGAGAACCCGCUGGAGCCCUGAGUAGACUCCCACAGUGAGGGGCUGGAGGCGUGGCUCAGGGUGGACCCCUGCCUAGGAUCCCCAGUGAGGGGCUGGGGACUUGGCUCCGGGGUGGAGCCUCUGCCUAGAAUCCGCCCCAGUUCCAUCCCAGCACAGAAAUACUUAAAAAGGAAGCUGAUGGCUGAGAGGUGGCGUACACCUUUAAUCCCAGCACCCAGGAGGCAGAGGCAGGCAGAUCUCUAUGAGGUUGAGCCCAGCUUAAUCUACAAAGUGAAUUCCAGGACAGCAGGACUUUUUGACAGAGAAACCCUGUCUUGAAAAAAAAAAUUAAGAAAAAAAAAAAAGC